GUGUUGUAAGAUGACAGCCGACUAGUCGGGCAGGUCGUGAAGAUUUUUCUGAUGGAUCAUCGUUGACCGAUUGCUCGUUUGCGGUCAGCUCACUGGGAUUCAGUUCGCUGUACACAAAUUGAGUAAUAGCAGGAUUUCGCGGGCUACAAAGUUCCCACGUCACGUUCAUGACGGCAAUUUUCUCCGAAUCCGAUAAGAUUCCCAGUCUGCCUUGAGGAAAUCGUGAGUUCCACGGAAAAGCGCCCACCAAGUGGCAACAUAUCGCGGGGGUCUUGUAUAUACAGACGUACGCGCGAUGUACGCAGGCCGAGUGAUUUGAGAUAGUUCAUCUAUAAGUGAUGAGCGUAUUUGGUGACUUUCAACGGGUAUGGGUGCAGAGAUUCCCGGACAGCACCCUGCCUGCCGCUUGGGAGGAGGACGUCCGUGCCAACCUGGUGAAACACAAGCAAAAGGUCACUGCGCUACGGGAGGAGCUUGAGAAGGAAGAAUUUUAUGUAGAAUAUCUAGAAAGACUGUUAGCUGAUGUAGAGCGUCACAAACAAUUAUCCAAUUGUCCAAGCUUUGCAGCUGUGGAAGAAAAAACAACAGCAGUUGAAGCCCAGAUUAAAAAUAGUUACGAAAAUCUUGAAAACAAUUUACAAAAUUCCGAUAAACUAACCGGCUUACGCUCAGCCCUCGAAUCCUCUGCUCCGUCUCUUCCACUAAGAGAGGAUAUAAGCAAGCUCCAAGAUAAAUGCGUGUCUGAAUUAAGCUCAACGUUGAGUUCUUGCAAACGGCCCAGGAGCGAGAUUCCAAGAAGUCCUGAAAAGGUGCUUGAACUUAGGAGAAACAGCAAUCCAGAUGUUCCUAGUAAUUAUGUUACCGUUAUCGAAGUAACUGGUAGUACGAAAAAAGACAAAAGUGAAGAAGUAACCAAAGAUGGCGACGAUAAAGAAUCUGAGAAUACAAUAAAUGAAGAAGCCGAAGAUGGAGAUUCUGAGGCAUCAGAUGAUGAGCCACUCUAUGAUUCAGUUGCUUUGGAUCCGACGGGAGAAUAUGUUUACAUUGAUGCACGUGUUGCCCCACUUACUAAUAGUAAUCGAGUACCUCUUCGAAGGCCGCCGUCGCUCCCUGACUCACCUGGGAACCAGAGCAAUUAUGUCAACAUUGACUAUUUUAUACAGCACAGGGCAGCUAUGGACAGCGAGGACGAGGAGGGUGCGAGUCCGGCUCCCCCAAUCCUACUCCGUGCACUGAGCACUGACAAUGAAACAGGAAGUAGUGAUGCAGAGCCGCUCAGUUUGAGUGAAGGAAGCUUAGAAUCCCCCACACCUACGACACCACGAAGACAUGACAAGGGUGGGGAGCGAGAUGACGAUCGAACGUCAAUGGUCAAGUGCAUCAUAAAUUCCGUCGUUGACAGUGAAGCUGUUUAUGUAGAAUGUCUUUCCGUCAUGCUGCAGUAUAUGAAGGCUAUCAGAGCUACAUUGACAACAUCGCAGCCUGUGAUUUCGGAGGAGGAGUUUGGCACAAUGUUUUAUAAAAUUCCAGAGCUGCAUGCGCUGCAUAGAGACUUUUUGGAAGGUUUGCGAAAAAAGUCGGAGAAGUGGGAUUCCCGAACUACGAUUGGAGAGCAUUUCAAGGUGAUGGCAAGCAACAUUGGCCUUUACGGAGCUUUCUUACACAAUUAUGCCCGUGCCACGGAUACUGUGCGCCGAUGCAGUGCCAAUUCCGCUCAAUUUGGACAGAUCACAAAAGAUAUUAGACUGAAAGGCCUACCUAAGGGACAGGGACUCUCCCUGGAAGAUCUCCUUCACAAGCCCGUUGCCCGUGUUCAGAAGAAUGCCUUAGUACUGCACGAUCUCCUUAAGCACACGCCGUCAAAUCACGCAGAUCACACGCCAUUGUCCGAGGCCUUGGCAAUGACUAGACACUUUCUUGAUGAAUUUAAUAUUAUUCAGACAAAAUCUAUGUUUCCUAGCCAUGACCGAGCCCAGAGAAGACUGGUUAAGAAUUCGUUUGUCGUCGAACUUGCAGAUGGGCACCGUAAAUUGCGACAUUUAUUUUUGUUCAAUGACGUUAUUGCCUGUGCAAAAUACAAGGCUUCUGGAAGAGACAAGUUCACUUUUGAACUGAAGUGGUACGUUCCUCUAGGUGAGGCCCUCGUCUCGGAAGAUAGUGGCGAACCGCGAGAGACAAGUCCAGCAAACGUUGUUGCUCUCAGAUCUCAGGCAUGCACGGUAAGGGACCAAAUUUUAUGGGAAGAAAAGAACGAUGAGAAGAGAAUUAGGAUCGGUGGAAGAGGGUCGGAAAAACAUCGGAAAAAAUUGGCUGAACUUGAGGCUCAGCUGGUACUGGCUUCCCCAAAUCUUGUUCUACGGGUUGCGCAUAAAGGGCAACACCGUGCCCACAAUUCGUACACUUUCUUUCUCUCCAGCGAAUUUGAACGUGCGCAGUGGGUCGAGGCUGUUGAAGCGUUACAACAGGGUGGCCAACCUCCAGGGCCAUUGCCGUUAUCCAUGUAUGAGCUCCAGGCGUGGGUUACUGCCUGCCGGACUUACCUGCAAACUGAUAUGGGCAGUUACCUUCUACGCUCGGGACGAGACGAAAGUCUCUUAUUGGGUGAUUUGCAUAUUACCCUACUCGGACUCACACCUCCUGGAUUGGACAGGCCUGGGGAUCUCUAUGUAACGGUGGAAGUCGACAGCUAUGGCCACUAUUUCAAGCGGGCCAAAAGUCGGAUUGCCAGAGGUCAAGCACCAACUUGGGGUGAGACUUUCGUUGUUGAAUUAGAAGGAAGUCAAAACGUAAGGAUUCUAUUGUACGAAGAAUUUGGUUCGAGAGCUGUACUAAGAGGUAAAUGUACACAGCGACUGAGUAGAUCAUGGCUUCAGUCCGAACAAGUUGAGAGAGCCUUGAGUCUAGGCCCUGCGACGCUUGAUGUAGUACUAAAAUUUGUUCCAAGCGAAGUAACGCUACGAAGAGUACCUUCCGCUAAACCCCAAGGGCUGUUUGGUGCAAAGAUUCAACAAGUUUGCAAGCGAGAAAAACGCGACGUUCCUUUCAUAGUGACUGCCUGUGUUCGCGAAGUUGAAAGACGGGGAGUUGGCGAAGUCGGAUUGUACAGAGUGUCCGGUUCAGCUUCUGAUUUAAUCAAACUUCGAAAAUCAUUCGAAAGCAACGCUUACGAAGCUGAGCAACUUCUCAAAGAGGUGGACGUUCAUUCAGUAACCGGCGUUUUGAAACUUUACCUCCGUGAAAUGCCAGAAGCCUUAUUCACCGACGCACUUUAUCCUGCCUUUCUUGAGGCCUUCCAGACCGGAGAGAUGACUAGGGUAGCUGCUUUAAAAAGAGUCCACGAAAACCUGCCGCCUGUCAACAGAGCCGUCAUUGACUUUCUCCUGUCUCAUUUGAUUCGUGUCAACAAACACGAGGCACAGAACAAAAUGUCCCUGCACAAUUUAGCUACCGUAUUCGGACCUACACUCCUGCGACCCGGUACUCAUUCCCGCGCGGAUCCAAAGAGUCGAGACCCUCUUGCCGCUGGAACUGUUGACGUUAUGGCUCAGGCCGGGAUCUUAUAUUGCUUCCUUCAAACGCACCUGUAACAAAAUCAAUCACUCUAGUCCAAGAUUGGCGACGUACAAUUGACGUGUACGCUAUCGACGCUUUACGAUAGAUGACAGGAAUUCAGUAUUUUUGGGUUUCGUUAUACGUUUUUUUUUACAGAUUUUUUUUAUACGAUCUAUAUUACGGACGGAAAUGAUGUAGCAUUUGAUUAGUUAUACGGAUACGCCGCAUAAUUCUAUAUCCUAAUAUAUUAUAUAAAUAUUAUAAAAUAAUUCGAAUUAGUAAUAUCAGGAUUGAAUAUUUAACCACUGGCAGUCGAAGAGCAACGAGUUUGGCUGCUUCUACAAGGUAAAUUGAAGGUACUUUGAUAAAUGAUGAUGAAACGCGUCGUGAGGUCUUUUCACGACGACGAUCUGAAAUGAUUAGAUACUACAUUAUAUUUUUUACCAUGGACUUUUCUGCGGCCAAUACUGCCAAAGUGUGCUUGUGAGAAUUUUUCUAUUUUAUGCUUUGUAGUGGUUUUCUUCCUUUUGAUUUUUAUUGCUAUUAUCAUUUUCAUCAUCUCUCCAUUUGAUUAUUCCAUACGCGAAACUUUAUUUACAAACUACCAGGUACGAGAAAGGUAUUUGUCAUAGUGAAAGUUCUCACGUACAUAUUUAAUUAAUAACGAGAGAAAACCAGUGUUCAUGCGUCUUCUACCAGUUGUGUACAAUGUUUUGUAGUGUAGUUAUGAGUACCGGGUGUAAUUUGGAUGAUUCCGUUCUUUUCUUUUUGCGUCAAAAGUUUUGGGUGUCUUGCGUUUACGCGCAGCUAGUGAGAAGAAGAAAAGUUUAUUAAUAAAAUCGAAGGAAGACACUCAGAAAAACGGAAACAAUCGGAUAGAGAAAGAUCUGUAAAGACAAUUCAUUCUAAUUUUUAAUGCGCAUACACCGUGUAUUAUAAUACCGUAUAAUAUAUUACAUAUUUUUUAAUUUUAUACUAUAUGAUCACAACUAGAUAAGCAAUUGGCGUGGCCGUCAUUUUGUAAUAUAUACCUACAUACAUAUACAUAUAUAUGUGUACGUAACACACACUCGUGUUUGGAUUUAUGGUAUAAGAUGAGAGUCAAUCGAUUAAUCUUGUAACGAUAAUGUUGCCGAGAUCGCGUAGCUAAGUACGAUCUGAAAUACGUAAUGUACACAUUUAUACCGGACAAAUUAUACAUCUAUAUAUUAUAUAUAAACAUAUAAGAUAUGAAUAUUGUAUCAAUAUACAUCAUUUAUAUAAUCUUUCCGCAACU